ACCCUCAGAAAGGGAGAUCUUCUAGAAUAUUGUACUUUUAUUUCUCGUCAUGAAGAGAGAAACUGAUCGUGACGCACGUUCAUCAAUCUGCCAUUGGUUGACAUUCAUCAGCUUUGGGAUUUUGUUUACCUCGGUUGCUUUUCUCUCAUUGAAUGUCUACAAUCUUCGCAGGGAAAUCGACAAAGUGAAGUCAGAGAUUCGUCCCUCAGUGUUGAGGAAUGAUAAAGGAGCAUCACGGUUGUACGAUGAUUACAUCGUCAGAUCUCGAUUUGUUCGUCAGAUUGAACCAGGUCCAGACGAAAUUGAACCAGGACCAGGUGAAGGAAAUCCAUCCCAAGAUGCUGGUCCGGAGCUGCAUCAAAACAGUUUCGCCAAACUGAACUGCACUCGGGAUGCGGAAGGAUAUAGCAUUUGCACCCUCGUCAACGGUAGUCUCCUUGGAACUCCUGGCGCCCGUCACGAGGUACAAAGACACGUGGAGUCUUACCUCAAUCAAUCUGGCGCGAAUUUUCUCGGAACUUCAGCCGCUCAGCAAGUGGUACAGGACUAUUUCGUGUCUUACUUCAACACCUCCGGCGGAAGUUUGUUGAGAAAUACUGGCGCUCAGAAUGUGGUCCAGGAAUAUGUUGAAUCCUAUUUCAACAUUUCAGGCGGAAAUCUUCUUAGAACUUCUGGACAUCAGCAAGUGGUGGAGGAGUAUGUGGAGACUUAUUUCAACGUAUCUGGUGUAAAUCUCCUUAGAACAUCUGCCGCUCAGCAGGAGAUACAGGAAUAUGUUGAAUCUCACGUGAACCAAACAUAUGGACCUACUCUUUCUCAGUGGACCGGUGAUGAGCUGGACAGCAGAUUUCGGAGACUCAUCAAUAUCCAUUUCAGCAAUACCUCUUUCGGACUCGGUAGUUUUGGAGGAAAUUACACUGGAUUAACUGGUUUUAAUUUUACUGGCAGUGGAUUAGGUGGUAAUUUUACAGGAAUAGGAUCUGGCGGAACCGGGAGUGGAUUGGGCGGGAGUUUCUCAGGCGUGGAAGGAAGCCUUCGUCUUAUUGAGCAGUAUGUUGGUUCCUAUGCGUUGAAAACGUUUGGUCCGUCGUUUCUCCCUGGCGCAGAAAUUGAACUAGAGCCGGGCCAGACAGUGCUGGAUGCUUACUUGGACCAAGCUGUUGGAGAGGCAGUCCAGUCACAGUUAGGGGGUGGGGGUGGAACAGGAGGUAGUAAUGGGGGUGGAACAGGAGGUAGUAAUGGUGGUGGUGCAGUUGGAGGAGGAACUGGGGGCAGUGGUAGCGUUGGGGGUGGUGGUGGGAGCGAGGUGGGCCCUGAUGAGGGAGGUGUAGGCCCUGUGGAUGGAGGAGUGACGAGCGGAGAAAUGAAUCAAACAAUCCAGCGGUAUAUCGGAUCAUUUGCGCAGGCGUCUUUUGGUCCCUCGUUUGUACCUGGCGCUUCAGGACCUGGCGAUAAGACUCCAUUGGAGAUGUUUGUAGACGAUUCUGUUUCGCGGUCUUUGAUGAAGUUUUUUGAAGACAAAGGGGACUCUGAUGUGAAGUCAAUCCCUGGUCCUCCGGGUCCACAAGGAAUUCAGGGGCCCGCAGGUCCCCCUGGUGUUCAAGGACCUGUUGGUCCUCCUGGUAUGCCGGGUGCAAACGGUCAAGCGGGAGCAGCAGGAACACCUGGCCCUCCGGGGACUGCAGGGGCCCCGGGUGCAAACGGACUUCCGGGCCCUCCAGGUCCUUCAGGAAAAGCAGGGGCUCGUGGCUCACGGGGUCUGCGUGGCCCUCCUGGACCCCCGGGGCGGUCAGCUCCGACAAAGGUUACACGCCCAACGGGAGACGGAGAUGGCAAGCAGACAAAGGAGCCGGACAAAAAAACACCAACGUUUGAAGGAUUCUCCAAGCCGAACAUAACAACUAAGCCUCCGAAAUCCUACAUAGCUACGAAAGGAGACUAUAUAGUCCUAGGUUGUUCUGCCGAUGGAUUACCGAAACCAGAAAUAAUUUGGGUGAAAAAGAACAAUGGACGUGCGGUCAUCGGAAAUUAUUUCACCUUGGAGAACGCUCUCCCGGAGGACUCUGGAAACUGGACUUGCCGUGCAAGUAACCUCAUGGGUACAGAUACCGCUAACGUAGAACUUAUCGUAGCGACCGAGCCGACAUUCUCUGUAGCACCCGUGCCAAAAAUCACAGCUUUUACGGAUCAAAUCACCGAGAUAAAAUGCGAUGUAGAAGGAUUUCCAUCACCCAAGAUAGAAUGGCGUCGUCAAGGCAACAAGGAGCUUCCUUUUGACAGGCACUAUAUCCGAAAUAACAACCUGUACUUAAGGAAUCCUAUCAAAGCGGAUGAAGACAUCUACAUGUGCCACGCCUCAAACCCAGCAGGGUCUGUUAUGGGAGGUACUGAGGUCACAGUACAAACCUAUGAACCAGUGGAAGUGACAAACGUUCCUUUGAGCAUUGUGACACUCCAAGAAUUCGAUGCUCCUGUCCGCGUAAAUUGCUCCGCACGUGGUGUGCCUAUGCCGAAUAUCACUUGGUAUAAGGAUGGUGUUGCCAUGCCAACGAGGACAAUAAUCGAUGGCGAUGAGGUUACUGGAGAAUUAAACCUGGAGCGGCUUCGACCCGAAGAGCAGGGAGAUUACAAAUGCGUUGGAACAACCUCUGUGAGGAACGAACCAUUCACGUACACGACGACAAUUGAGCUUCAAAAGUGCCGUGAGCUGGCUGAUCCUGUCGACGGUUACAAGAUAAGCGAUGAUUAUUCUGUUGUGGGAAGUAUUGUGAGGUUUGCUUGCAAUCCAGGCUGUAUGCUGUAUGGAUCGUCUGCCAGAGUUUGUGGCAAAGAUGGAGUGUGGAGCGGAACUCAGCCUUAUUGUUACAAUGUAGGACUAGUGGCUUACGAAUGCCAACACUACCGCCUCCUGACAGAGCAGGACAGAAACCUCAUGAGUCGAGAAUUGUUGGGUAAAUGCGACGACAAUUUAGCAGAGGGUUGGUACCGAAUUUCUGGUUCCGCUGGGGUUCAGAUGCCAAACGCAUGCCCAGGCCCCGGUAGAUGUAACACACAAUAUCCCGGCUGGUUGUUUGGCUCGCAUCCUCAUAAAGAUGACGGGUGUGUUGAACGCAUGGUUUGUUUUGGUGAUUAUGUGUCCGGCUGUUGCGAGCUUCGCCGUAAGGUACUGGUGAGGAAUUGUGGUGGAUUCUACGUUUACAAACUCGGCCCAACUCCCGGAUGUAAUCUCCGCUACUGUGGACGAAAUGCGCCGCCAGCGGUUGACGGAUGGUGAACUGGACACUUCUAUUCGAACUGUGUUUUGAUCUCUUUAAAACUGGUUUCAUUUUUUCAUAAUUUUUUUUCUCAGAAUAAAAGCUUUUGUUCU